CUCUUGGUUGUUGUCUUCUCAUCUGAGAAAUGGUAUGGGUGAAAGAACCUUGCUCUAGACAGUCAACACCAACUCAGGAACUCUCAAACUAUUGACCUUACUACUAGGGCUGGAAAAGUUCAUUUCUUAGGAAUCACUGUUCAGUGAUCUGGCCUCAGGAGGAAAAAAAAAUAGAAAAGGUAGCCAAGGACUUGAGGUUUGGUUUCAGGUUCACUUAGGAAAGCACAAGUAUUUCUGUCUUUCUUAGGCAUUGUCAACUUAAAACACAGGCUCAUUUUUUUCUCAUUCUUUAUUUAAAAAAAGACCAUGACAGCUUCACUCUAGAGGGAUGGGUAGCAACAAUAACAGUAAAAAGAAUUAUAUGUCCCAUUUCUAUAGCGCUUUACAAUUUACAAAGCACUUUUUCCCAAUGAUGCCUUGUAGUAGUAAGUUGCAAAACAACCCAUAAUCCUCCUCCCAUAACAGCCCCCACCAAGUUCAUUACACCUCAGCCUGACUCCCACCUCCUUCUUCAAUCGGUUUCCAUGGCAACAGCCAGAGCUCCCUACCCCUCCUCAGCCCCGAGGCCAUUGCCCUGGCGCAGCAGGGAUCUAGGAGAGGCCAGUGAUCUAGGCUAGGUCUCAGAUAGCGCUCCCCUCCCCUUCCCUUCUUCCCCGCUCCCUUCGCUCCCGAGCAUCGCGCAGCCGCACUGGGAUCACUCCUGGACUCGCGACCUACAAUCCAGGCCAGGUAGCCCCAGUUCACGGAAGGAGGAGGGGUGGUUGCUAAGGAAACGGGAGGACGCCCAGCAGUCCCGAGUGCCGCCUCCGCCUAGGCCUCCGAGAAGGCCCAGCAGUCGCCGCCGUUUGCAAGCAGCCCUCAGGGGGGAGGAGGACGAAAAAGAGAAGGAGGAGGAGGAGGAGGAGGAGGAGGAGAGGGACUAUCCCUUCCCCCCUGCGACUGAUGUGCUGUGGACCCCCACCCCCGACACGCCCGAGGUCACUCUGCCCAGCCCCCUCCCCUUAGCCCCUCCGAGUGGAGAAAGCGCAGCAUCGCCCAGGAUGACUUCAGAUGGCCUUUUGGCUGAAUAAGACGACAAGAGCUGAGAUCAGUUGGGGUUAAAUUUUCAUGAUGCACGAAGCAAGGGACAGGCAGAAAUUCGUCAAUGAUGCUCAAUAUCUGCGGGAUAUGCAGCACAAGGUGGACUCCGAGUACCAGGCUUGCCUGAGAAGACAGGAGAAGAAACGAGAUCAAUUUUGUAGGCAAGAGUCAAGUUUUGAGAGACCCCGACCUUCAUGUAUAUCAUCUUCCAGACAGAACUCAGCUGAGGAUUUGGGACCCGAGCAAAGGGCAACAAUCAAGGCUUCUGUAACAAAAUCUGAAUCAAAGCUUCCAGCCAUAGACCAAACACCAGUCAAGCAGAAACAGAAAGUUACCACAUGUUCAUCAAAGAAACCCGAGAAAAAUGUGGGUGGCACCAGCAAACCAGCUCCACCAGCACAGGCACAGAUAUUAUCAAGGAAGAAGAGGCCCAACCUGGGGAGAUUGACAGUAAGCCCAGAAGUGCAGAGAAGACCAUCUGGAGAUAGAAGCAGGCAGAUCUCAUUGCUGCAGGGAAAAGAGCAAACUCCCAGAGGACCAGAUUCAGUAAUGCAACAAGAUGUGUGGUCGAAUGAUUCUAAGAUGAAGAGGCAAACUCGAGAGAGAAGAAACUUUGUUCCAUCUUCACAACUAAAUGUAGAUCAAAAAACACCUGAAAAAGUCUCCAAAGACUGGACUGUUCUUUCCCCAUCUCAGCCAUCUUUACCUGUAUCAUCAUCUUUCCAAGGAGCAAAUGGUUCCCAGACAUUGGGUGAAUCCAUUGUACCAUCCCUCACAUCUACUAGCACAGUGCAACCAAGAAGGGCAUCAGUUAGGUUCAGAGAUGAAGACUUUUACUCCUUUUUAGAAUUAAACACAGUUAAUACUAUAGAAGGAAAUGAAGAUGCUGAAGAUAUUGCCCAUUUAGAAGAAGAAUUUCUACUUGCUGGCAUACAACCACCAUAUUCUUUUAAUAGCAAGAAUAUUGGAUUUAGUAGGAUAAUAGGAACUCAGGUUGAAAACCAGAACUCCGAACAGGACCUUGAAAAUAGCAGACCUAGUCCAUUAAAAAGAAAUGAAGCUGCUCAUUGCCCAUUGAGAAAAAGUAAUUUGAUGGACUCAGCUCUUGAACAAUCCUUGUUAGGACAAAGGCUGCCUCGAGAUCAUAAAAUCCCUGAUGGCGAUUCCACUAAGGAAAAUGACUGUAUUGAUGACGAAGGUGAGAAAACCUCAUUUAAUUCAUGGGGUAUGAAAGGUGAAAACAGACAAAACAGUUGUUUUAAUAUAGAGACUUUACCAAAUGAUUGUAGUUUUGUGGAAACUAGGCCUGGGAACCAUACUUAUAAUAGAGAUAGGCAAUCCUAUGGAAACAGUCCUAGGAAUUCUUUUGAUUGCUUUCCUCCUAAUAGGUCAGCAGCUCAUAGACCAUUACUGAAUUCAUCUUAUAAUACCCCAAGAUCAUUACUCCAUUCUGCACAGCGAGCUGAGGUUCAGGCAAACUUAUCCUUGACCUCUGUUGUCCUUCAGGGCUCAGAUGCAGAAGGAAACUCAAGGUUUAAUGUUCACCGACCUUUAUCGCCUAUUAGAAGUCGAAAUCGAUCUAUCACUUCUGAAAACCAAGAUACUUCAUCACCGGUAGCCAAUGAAUCUGCAUUUUGUGUCAAGGAAAUUGAAGACAAGAACUUAACAAGUCAGCCACCUGAGGCUCUACUAAGUGAAGAUGUCUUACAAAAUUCACAAGAUGGCUCAUCUUCGGUGGAUCCUCCCAGCUCUCCUCCAUUAAGAAUGAACUUCAGAGGCCAUCUGCAUAUGUCAGAGCCAAUACAAGAGGAAAUACCUUUUACUUUCUUUGCAGUGUCUGAUUUACCAAGCCAAAUUGAAGCUGGAAAUAGAAUGGCAGCUUCUAACUCCACAAAUGCAAAGGAGAGUCAUCAGACAAAGGCAGACCCUGACAAACUGAAGAAACUGCAAGAGAGUCUUCUGGAGGAGGAUUCAGAGGAGGAGGGAGACUUAUGCCGCAUCUGUCAGAUAACUGGGGGUUCCCCAACCAACCCGCUGAUGGAGCCCUGUGGCUGCGUGGGAAGCCUGCAGUUUGUUCACCAGGAGUGCCUGAAAAAGUGGCUGAAAGUAAAGAUUACAUCAGGUGCGGAACUAGGGGCCGUGAAGACCUGUGAAAUGUGUAAGCAGGGCCUGAUCAUUGACCUGGAUGAUUUUAAUGUGAAUGACUACUACAGAAAGCAUCAGCAGUCUCGGGCACAAAAUGAGCUGAUGAACUCGGGUCUGUACCUAGUCCUUCUGCUUCACCUUUAUGAGCAGAGGUUUGCUGAACUCAUGAGACUGAACUAUAACCGAGUGGCAAGAGAGAGGAUUCGGAUUCAGGAGACGGUAAUGAAAACAGUAUAUUCCAAAGCAACAGCCGGUUCAUCUAAUGAGGAGGGUGGUCGUGGAGCUCAAUGUCAGUGGGGGUCCCCUCUACCCAGCUACCUUCUCUGUGCUCCCCAUGUGUGCCUUCUUUCCUCCUUUUUACUGAAACAGAAACCAAUGAGUAUGCAGUUCACAUUUGUACUUUACACCCAUCUCUUUCUGGGGUCUGGCUUGAGUAUUUUAAAACAGCAACACCAACUAACACUAACUUUGGAAUACCAUGGUGCAGAGCAGCUAGUGGUGAGCUAUCUCCUCAUUAUCUCCUCCUCCUGCCCAGUCAGUCCCUCCAGCAACUCCCUACACAUAGUGGGGACAGCCCAGACAACCCCACGCUGCUCUGCUGUCACCUUUUAAGCUCAGAAGCCCAGGGUCACCUGCUUCCUCACCUUAGGAGGUGGGCUCUCUUCGAGGACACUUAGCUACCCUGGUGGGCACAGUGGGAUCUUGGGGUCCUCUCCCGGCACUGCCCAUCUACUCCACACUGAAUGGAAACCUGGCAGUGGCACAAGCGUUCAGCAAACUGAGUUUAUUCACCCACUUUAUUUAGUUCUUCUUUCAGUCUCCACAGACUUAGGGCCCAGGCCCCAGAGGGUAGCACAAGUCACCCUCCUGCCUCCUCCUCCUCUGUAUUCCACCACCUAAGAGACAAGCGUCUGUAAGGUCAGUGGCCUGAGACAGUCUGGAUCCUGGGAUAGCUACCACAGCUGGCGGCCAGUCAUCAAGUUUCUUAGAGGCCCCAGGGUUCUGUUCACUCUAGAGUGUUUUCAUCCUUAUCCCUUAAACCUUCCAGAUCCUUCCCUUAAUACCUUGACUCCCUGUGGUAUAAAAGAUCUUGACUGGAGAGAACUCCUUGAGAUCCCCAAGUCUGAACCACAUUUCAAGAAGCUCUCCGGCAAAAGAGAGUCCAAGGAACCAAAACAGACAUUGGGCCUGAGCAGAGGCCUGCUGGAGAUGUUUGGGCACUGGCCUAGCAGCCUAAGGUAUGGUGCCUUCUUUUCUAGGGACAGGGGAAACUUUAUCCAUGCUCUGCCCUGACCCCAGUGUGCAGGGACAUCACCAGGUACAUCCAUAAUCUCCAGCAGCCCUGCCUCUGGGAUUGACCUCCCUUGAGAUCUGCUAGGUCCUAUCACCAUGGUUCUAAUAGCAUGUAUUUACUAAGGGCUUACCUGUCCCAGCCACUGUGCUAGGCACCAGGCAGAGAGGAAGGAGGGUGCUAAAAACCAAAAUGAAAGUCUCUGCCCUCAGAAAACUUACAUUCUAUCAGGAGACAGCAGGUAACAUAUAUAACUAUAUGCAAGACACAUAAAGCAGGCACAAGGUAAACUUGGAUGGGAAAGCAGAAACAACUGAGGGGGACCAAAAGAAGUCUCAUAUAGGAGGUGAUGCUUGAGUCUUGAAGGAAGCCAAGAGGCAGGGUAAGGAGGAGAGCAUUCCAGGCAAAGGGGACAGCCAGUGCAAAGAUACAGAGAUGGGACAUGGAGCAUUGUGUGUUAGGGGGAUCCAUAGUGUGCAUGGAGAGAUACUGUGAGAUAUUGAAAAGGGAGGAAGAGACCAAGUAGUGAAGACCUUACAUGUCAAAUAAAAGUAAUAGGGAGCCACUAGAUGAUUUUCUUUGAAUGGGGGAUUGGCAUGAUCAGACACAUUGGUGGCUGAGAGGAGUAGGGAUUAUAGUGGGAAGAGGCUUGAGACAGUGGAAAAGUUAGGCAGCUCUUGCAAUAGACCUGUUGAGGUGGUGAGGCUAGUGGCUAGUAGAAGGGGUAAGACAUGUGAGAGAUAUUGAUUGUGGAGACGGAAAUAAGAUUUGGCAAAUUAGUAGAUAUGUAGGGUGAGAAUGAGGAAUUGAGGAUGGCACCAAAAUUUUGAACCUUUAAGACUGGGAAAUCUGGAAGAGUUUGAGAUCUCUAACAUACUCAUUCAAAUGUCCAGUGGGCAGUUGGUGAUGUGAAACGAAGUCAGGACACUUGGAGAUGGACAUACAGAUCUGUGAGUUAUCUGCGUAGAGUUGAUAAUUGAACCUAUGGGAAUUGAUGAGAUCACCAAAUAAAAGUAUAGAGAGAAGAGAGGAGCAGGUGCAGGACAGAACUUUGGCUGGGAUAGUUAGUGGGCAUAUCGCAGCUGGUUAAGGAAAGGGAGAGGACAGUCUCACUAAAAUGCAGAAGAGAACGUCUGGAAGGACAGGGGAGUUAACAGUGCCAAAAGCUGCAGAGAGGUCAGGAAGGAUGCGGAUUCAGAAAAGGCCAUUGAAUUGGUGCUAGGCAUUAGGAGGAGGCAGCAAGAGUCCCCAUUUCCCAGCAUCAUAAUUUUCUGAGUAUGGGCCUGAAGACAUGACCUAGGAUAAGGAAAAGCCAGAGAAGGUAAAGUGGGGGAGAAACAAGAGAGACAGUGUUUAUGUAUGCAGUGGGGAGGAAGAGUGUGGAGGGAUGGGGAAGAAAGGGGAAAGAGAAAGGAGGGAGGAGAAAAGAUUAAAUGGAGAUAAAUAUUAUAGAGAGAGGGGUGGAAAAGGAGAAGAGAUUCUCCUUCACAUCUGGCCGAGACCCAGAUGUAGAGGGUGUUUCCUCCCAAGUUCCCUCAUCCCCAUGCUGGCAAUUUGGGCUUUCAGCCCCGACUGCCACCUGCUGCCAUAGCAACCCCUUUAUUCCCCCUCCCCACUGCUGCUCAGAGCACAAGCUUUUAUUUUUAAAAGGUACUCAGACUAAAAUGUAAGGCCAAAAGGAACCCAUGAAAAUUUAUUUAUAAUUCUAGUUAAAAUUACUCCACAAUCAACCUCAUUUCUUCUGUCAUCUGAAUGGCAGAACAAGGUCUGCCAUACAAUUAAUUACAAAGAUAGACCUAAAAAACACGAACUUCCUUCAGCCAGACAGCCCAUUCUCCCUGAGAACACAUGAAAACAAAGUGACAUCUUUUGAAUAUUGAUGGGACCUGUUAGCCUCCUAAAAUAGGCAUGAUGGAGGUUGAAGACUUCAUUAGGUUGUAAGAGGAAUUCUGAAAAUCUCGAGCUGGUUAUUUUGCACGCAACACAAGACCUUUGGAAUGCCAUGGGAAACCAAGCUUUUAUUUUGAAAAUAAACAGGAUCAUAGGAUCUCUAGAACUGGAAAGAACUUCAGAGGCUAUAUCUGCUC